GGCCCAGCGUCGGCGUGACGGUUGGACGCGGGCGCGGCACUGCGGGUCCCGAUUGCUGCAGCCGCUUGUCAGUGUGAUGAAGAUUGGCACCCAGGUGCUGGGUUAGAGUGGGACGUGUCUUGUGGAGGACUCAGCUCAUCUCCAUGUGUACCUACUGUACCCUGAUGAUGACCAAGUGAUUCCAGCCCAGGCUCCUCUGCUCAGUGUCCAAGAAGGUAUCUGAGACUCGCCUGCAGCCUGAGAUGUCCUGCCUUAUUUCCCUCCCAAGCCGAGGAACUGUUCUUAGCUGUUUGCUCACCUCAGGACCUGCAGCUCUAUUCUUCCAGGUGCUCAGACACCACUCACUUCUGACUCAAGAUGAUCUGAUGUCUGGAGUGAACCCUCCUCAACCAUGAUGGCUACACAGACGUUAAGUAUAGACAGCUAUCAAGAUGGACAGCAAAUGCAGGUGGUAACGGAGUUAAAAACAGAGCAAGAUCCCAACUGCUCUGACCCGGAUGCAGAAGGAGUGAGUUCUCCUCCCACGGAGUCUCAAACCCCAAUGGACGCCGACAAGCAGGCCAUUUAUAGGCACCCGCUAUUUCCAUUACUAGCUUUGUUGUUUGAGAAAUGUGAGCAGUCCACGCAGGGCUCAGAAGGCACGACGUCUGCCAGCUUUGAUGUGGACAUUGAGAACUUUGUCAGGAAGCAGGAGAAGGAUGGGAAGCCCUUCUUCUGUGAAGAUCCAGAAACUGACAAUUUAAUGGUGAAAGCAAUCCAGGUCCUGCGCAUUCAUCUCCUUGAACUGGAAAAGGUUAAUGAACUCUGUAAAGAUUUCUGUAGUCGGUACAUUGCUUGUCUGAAGACAAAAAUGAACAGCGAGACCCUGUUGAGUGGGGAACCUGGGAGCCCAUACUCCCCUGUGCAGUCCCAGCAGAUUCAAAGUGCCAUCACAGGCACUCUCGGCCCCCAGGGAAUCGUGGUGCCAGCAUCAGCCCUCCAACAGGGAAAUGUAACCAUGGCAACAGUGGCAGGUGGCACAGUGUACCAGCCUGUCACCGUCGUCACUCCACAAGGUCAAGUGGUCACACAGGCGUUAUCUCCUGGGACAAUUAGGAUCCAGAACUCCCAGCUUCAGUUGCAGUUGAAUCAAGAUCUCAGCAUCUUGCAUCAAGAAGAUGGCUCCUCCAAGAACAAGAGGGGUGUCCUUCCGAAGCAUGCCACCAAUGUGAUGCGGUCCUGGCUCUUUCAGCACAUCGGGCAUCCCUACCCAACAGAGGAUGAGAAAAAGCAGAUUGCUGCUCAGACAAAUCUGACACUGCUUCAAGUCAACAACUGGUUCAUCAAUGCCCGGAGACGAAUUCUCCAGCCAAUGUUGGAUUCCAGCUGUUCAGAGACUCCGAAAACAAAGAAAAAGCCUGCUCAGAACAGGCCAGUUCAGAGGUUUUGGCCAGAUUCCCUUGCAUCAGGAGUGACACAAGCCACACCCAGUGAGCUCGCCAUGUCAGAAGGUGCCGUUGUGACCAUCACCACACCUGUAAACAUGAACGUGGACAGCCUGCAGUCCCUGUCCUCAGACGGAGCCACCUUGGCUGUACAGCAGGUCAUGAUGGCGGGCCAGAGUGAAGAUGAGUCAGUGGACAGCACAGAAGAUGACGGAGGUGCCCUGGCGCCCCCGCACAUCAGCGGGCUGGUGCUGGAGAACAGCGACGCCCUUCAAUAGGGCCGGCGUUGUCAGCAGGGCCAGCGCGGAGCUGGAGCACCUGACUCUUCAUUGUUUGCACAGCAAACAUUUUACACAGUUUUCUUUGUAAUAUGUUUUAUAUGUAGAUAUAGAAGAGUGCACUUUUGUAUUUCACAGCAAGCUUCAAGAUGUCUUCGCUGGUGCAGCAACUUCCUUCAGAUGUGCGUGUGUGGGUUUUUAAUGCCGGAAACGUGAGGAGUGGCCCUGCCCCUGAGUCCCUGAUGAGAUUAAGGAACAGUGCUGCCAUUUUCUAAAAAAUUAUGCAGUUGCAAUUGAGUUCUGUGGUUUACAGCAGGUCUGGGGGCUGCUGCUUGUGUUGCCCACAGGUCUGAAAGAGGAUCUGCACUUGGGCUUCAGGGCAAGAGGAUGCUGGCCCUGGUGGGCUGUGAGUGCCCGCAACACACUGCGUUCUCUCUGGGCACCAUUUGCCUGUUUCAUUUGCUAUAUAGAAAAAGAAACUCGUAUUUUUACCUUGCUGGGAUUAUUGGAUAAAAAGCUAUUUUUAUAAAUCAGUUAUUAAUUGGAUUAUGACUAUAUUAAGGAUAAAUUUCUAGAGAAGGAACAGCACAUGCUUGUCUUUCGAUUUGGGAUGUUCUGAAAGGCAGCUGCCCAUGCGUGGUCUCCUCCUCCCCGGGAGGAGGCUCACCAUAACUGCUAAAAGGAAACAACCGUCAAGUGAACUUUUGAUAUCUCCAGUUUGUGUUCCUGUGUGAUGCUCAGAUUGCAUCUUACAGAGUGUACUCAGUAGGAUAUAUGGUGAGUGAGGGCCGCCGCCAUGCAGUGCCCUUAGUGUGCCAUAGCUCUCUGCCAUGCCUAGUCCAGCCUAAUUCAACCUGACUGCAGUUACAUGGCUACCCAGCCAUGGUAACUGGGUGGUAAUUUUAGUUGUUCUUUUGUUUGUUUGUUUUUGUUUUUGUUUUUGUUUUUUUAGUUAAAACGUGUUAUACAUAGAAUGUUUAUUAUAAACUAAUAUAAAUGUGCUCUACCCCACUGGCUCAGAGCUGGGGUAAAUAUCAAACACCCAAACUGUCUUACAUAAUGGGCAGCCAUCUGGAAGUUAGAGCUGUGGAGGUAUCAUUUCAGCGGACCCCCUGUUAGCUCUCAGGCGUCUGCGGCUCUCUGGCUGUCACACACUUUUGUUGCAUGUUGCUGCUUCCAUUUCCAGGGUCCUCCCCUUCCAGUUACCACUCACGAUUUAGGACAGUUUGGGGACUUCAUUUCUGGGCGACAUGACAGAGCAGGCUGUUUGCUUUUGGUUUACUUGGGAGGCUUUUUCUCCGAACACAAGUUCCCAGCUUCGUUUGUUGAGCAGCUGUAUUGUCACAGAUGGUACCUAGGCCCACCUGCUGAUGGACAGCCAUGUGGCUGUCAAGGGUGCCAUGCCUUGGGACCCAAGGGUGAUGAUCAGUUAUGGACCAAGGUUACCUAGAGGGACAUCUUUAGCUAAUUCACAAUUUUUUUCUGCAACAGUUCACUGCCCUCCUCCCCAGAUGUCUUGAUUCCGUUUAGUCAUGGAGCACACCUGGACAGCCAAGUAGUCAACAAGAAAAACAGGUUGUCCUUUCAAACCAUUUAAGGAGCCUGCACAACAAAAAACAAAACAACAAAAUAAAAUAAACAAAACCAAAAAACUUGCCAGCAACUCUUUUGAGGAGACAGUAAUAUUUUAAGCAGCUUUUCCAUUGCUUAUUCACAAAUUGUUUUAAUGUUUUAAGUCAGGUAUAUAAAGCCUGAAAGACUGGCUAUGUUGGGUUUAGAGUAGAAAUGCAUCGGCCUGUGAGCUCCUGCAGAGGUCUGCCACUCUCCCCAAAGGAAGCAUAGUCCCUGCUGUCCCGAUGUGUGCCAGUUGGUGGCUGCUCUAGCUGGGAUUUGAACACCAUGAUGCUGCAUGUCCUUUCCAGUUGAAAUCAGCUUUCCUAAGCCCUGAACUCUCACCUGCUAAACUCAGAGGGGAUAGCAUGAAGAUCAUAAGAGAACCUGGGUGUAGUAGCACACUCCUGUAAUCCCAAUGCUCAGGAACUUGAGACAGGAGGUAAGCC